AUGUCGAACAAACAGGGCGCGUACGGCGCGCGGGCAGGCGACACCGACUUCCGCAAGAAAUGGGACAAGGAGGAGUACGCGGAGAAAGCGCGGAAGCACGACCAGGAGGAGAAGGAGCGCAUGCAGGAGAACGAGGAGCUGCUGAAGCAGGGCAAGAAGCCGCGGCGGGGGCGAAAAGACGACCUCCCCAAACCGACCGAGCUGAUGAAGCGGCGCGAGGGCUCGCUGGACCUCGACAAGAACCUCAACAAGACGAUCGUUGUGCAGAAUACGGGCAACCGCGGGCCCGGCGUUCCUGGGUUCUAUUGCGAGACGUGUAAUCGGACAUACAAGGAUAGCGCAGGCUAUCUUGACCAUAUCAACGGUCGUGCACACUUGCGUGCAUUGGGCCAGACGACCAGGAUCGAACGCUCCACCGUCGAGCAAGUCCGGGCGCGAAUAGCUUAUUUGCGCGAAAAGACAAAGGAAGCGUCGAACGCCAAGUCGUUUGAUUUCGAGAAGCGGUUAGCGGAGGUGCGUGAGCGGGAGGCUGCUCUUCGUGAGGAGAAGAAGACCGCCAAGAAGGCGUUGCGUGAACGCGCACGCGUGCAGCUAGCACAAGAAACCGCCACGGCGGCCCCAGAUGCCCCCAAAGACAACAAAGACAUGAUGGCCAUGAUGGGCUUUGCAGGGUUUGGAACGACCAAGAAAUAG